UUGAUAGACUAUAAGAUUGCUUUUGCCCUAUUUCGUUUGAGCUCCUCCGUUGCUGGGCGGGGAAAUGAGGAUCGUGAGCUACAAUGUGAAUGGACUGAGAGCGCGAUUGUCUCCAGCGAGAUCGCUGCGCGCCUUCUUGGACUCGCUCGACGCAAACAUCAUCUGCCUCCAGGAGACUAAGAUCCGCAGGCAGGAGCUCACCGCGGAUAUUGCCACAGCAAUAUCCGAAUCCUUCUUCUCUUGCACGCGCACCGUGAAGAAAGGCUGCCUCGGGUAUUGUUUUGCAUUGUUGGACUGGGUAGAGACUUUGCGAUUUAGAACUUUUCUUCAUCCUUGGAAUCGGAAUAAAGCGCAUUGCUGGUCAGGUGUGGCUACGUUUUGCAAGGUGGAGUGUGGCAACAAUGUAGCGUUGCCUGUGGCUGCCGAGGAAGGCUUUACGGGUCCCUUGACUAGUGCCAGAGCUGGUGAAGGUGACAAAGAGUUCUGGCUUGGAAGCUACGAUCCAGUUCUAACCGUGGAAGGAUUUACGAGGCAGGAACUUCUCGAUUUGGACAACGAAGGCCGAUGCAUCGUCACGGAUCACGGGCAUUUUGUACUCUUCAAUAUCUAUGGUCCUAAUGUUGGCUGUGGAGAUGCUGAACGGCAGGACUUUAAGCUGAAAGUGUUACAGUGUAGGCUGGAAAGCGUCAUAAAACAAGGCAGGAGGAUUAUUAUCGUGGGGGACUUGAACAUUUCUUCAUAUCCUAUUGAUUCAUGUUGGGUAACUGUUCACGGUUUUUGUCUGGGCAAAUCAUACGUGCUUAUUAGUAUCUUGUCCAGAGCAGAGGCUUACUGGUCUCAGGCAUGUUUAACUACGGCAGUCGCAUUGAUCAUGUUCUUAUUGCCGGUCCCUGCACUGGACAUUGUCGGGCUACUGAUGGAUCGCAUGACAAUAGUACCUUUGUUGCCAGUGUUGAUGUUUCUCUAUGGGAGAUGGAGUGGUGGGAGAAGCUUAAAACUGGAUGGUUCAGAUCAUGCUCCUGUUAUUCUGCAGCUUAAGCAUUUACCUUCCAUUCCACCACAUGAAGCUCCUCGAUUUAUGCCUGAGCUUCGCAGUCGUCAGCAAAGUAUCGGUAAGCUCCAUACCUCGUUGUCGCUAAGUUCCACAAGCUCUUUCUCGUUAAGUUCCUGCUCGUACCGCUGCUCCUCAUCUCGGCUCCCGGAUUUGUCUUGUCACCACCACCGCUGGAAAGCACAUCGGUUGGCAAUCGGCUGUGUUUCAUCCUUUCCAGCAGCAGCCGCCUCGGAGAAUAUAGACAAGGGCGGCGCAGGUACAGAUUUCCUGCCGUCGUCAAGGUCCCAAACAAUGGGAGAGUACUUCCCCAUCGUCGCCCUCUACGUCCCUGGAAUCCGUGGCAAUGUAGGCCCUUCCAUUGGCUUGCUCGGGCGGGAGGAGCUUACCGGCGAGCGCCAUUCGCUCCACUCCAGAGCCACGAGCCCUAAACCACAGAAAAGUAAAAUAUUAGGAAAGGAAGUUCUGAGAGCGUUUUUACACAGGUCCUUCUGUUUGUGAAUGUUUUUUUUUUCCAGACAAUCAUAUCUAAGGUGACUCAAGUCUACUUGAUGAGUUUCCUGAGCUCGCUCACAAGCUCGGGAUCCGAGACUUGGAACGCCUUGGUAAUUACAUCGUCGCUCACGUCCGGCCUGGAAGCAAAGACCGCCUUUGCAACCUCGAAGUCCCCGGAUUCUGCCCGUUAAACGUGGCGAUCCCCACAGCUCUCCUUCCCAACGACGACCCGAGGAAACAUGACCCGACACGAACAUGUU